CCCUUCAAAGCUUCCACAGGUCCUUGUUGGCAUAAAUGAUGGUUAAACCUGAGUUUAUCUUUCAACUGGAGCAAAACUGACAGGGCAGCUGUGCACUUGUAGCUGGAAAGUUUCAGAGGACGCUUGCUGAGUGCCGCUGCAGCAGUCAUGACUGCUGGCUUCAUGAUUUCAAGAAUAUUCAUGCUUUGCCUAUUAAAGGAAGUGACUUAUGCCUCUGCUUUCCCAGGAGCCAGUACUGGGUACAAAGCAUGGCAAGAUGGAGGACAGAAACGGGAAGUACUGGGUUACCGCCGCCCUCUGCAUUAUGUUCGCUCUCUGAGACAGCUGAAGAAUGAUCUGAUCAACACAAGACAAAACCCUCAAAGGAGUGGUGUGAAGGAUUUGACCCCUGGUCAGACUUUUAGGCAAACUCCACAUCAUCUUUGGCCACAGAACCUUCCAGUCCAACCUGCGCCACAAAGAAACUACCCUUUGGUUCAACCCCGAGGCUUCAGGGUCAGCUUGGAUCUCCCUUUUCAUAAACUCGAUCAAAUGAAAGAAACCAACUCUCCCACCAAAGUAUUUCUGCAAAAUGACCCCAAACUCCAGACUAAACCAAAUGUUCAAAGUGGCCUCAGCAUUUCUGAGUUUCAAAGCCCUGAGAGAGAUUCCAAAAAGGAUCCAAAAGCUGGGAAGAAUAUCCAUGGUGUUCCCACUUCAACCUUCCAGGUCAACCUUACCGUUCCCCCACCAGCUGCAUCUUUAAAGCCAAUAAAACCCAUUGGCAUGCUUGUUGAAAACCAAAACCCAGGAAAUAUCUUUCAGACCAGUUAUGGAGAUCUAGGGAAAAGGUUGAGUUCCAUAUAUACUGAAUUGAAAUCCCCCACCAUCAGCCAGAAAGCACGUGAACAAACCAGAAAGCAACUGGUUUCAACAUGGUCUAACUAUCCUGCUACUGGACCCAAGCAAACUCUACAGCAGCCAGAUGAGUCAACUUACACCCAACCUACUGAGGGCAAACUGACCUCUUCAACAUGGCAAUUAAACCAGCACAAAAUUUCCCCACAAAGAAACUAUGAUAAUCCCACAACCAGGCAGAGUUUGGCACCUCAAAAACCAGAUUCAACCAAACCACUGUCUUUGUCUUUUGUUAAGUAUCUUGAACGUUUGGGUCUCAACAAAGCCCAAACAAGCCCAACGAGAGAAGACUUAGUUCAGCCUUAUUCAAAACAAAAGCUACAUUUGUCUCCUCCUCAAUAUAACAGAGGAUCUCAAGAUAACAAAUAUGUUGGUGUUGGUUCUCAAAGUGUUGGUCUGCCCCAAAACAGUUACACUACUUCUGGUGCUGCUAACAUCAAAGAUUUCACAAGCGAUCAAAAAGGUGAAAAGGAACAAGAUUCUGCAGUUCCCACCCUACAACUAGAAUUUUCCUUCCCAGUUAAAAAAUUGUCAAACCUCACUAAAGGUGGUGGGUACUUGACUAUCAAACCUCAAAAUGUUGAGUCUCUUUUGACUCGAUACAUGGCGGCAAAAAAACUACAAUUACCUGAGAGUGAAUUAAAAAAGUCAGUUUUAGGCUUUGAUGCUGGGCACCACAGAAUGACUGGGCUUCCUGAAAGGAAAUGGCCAAUCCUAAAUAUUGAACCAAAACAGAAGAAACCACCUCCUUAUGAGCCUGUUACUGACGAACCUACAGGCAGAAAGCCAAGCUUUUCAUCCUGGUUUCCAAGAGAUUCAGAGAUUGGAAAGCCUCAGUUUCCAGUCCUGGGAAUUUCAAAAUACCUCAUUGAUGUUACACGACCCUUAAAUGGCAAAUAUCAAACCAUCCAGCCAAAACCACUGCAAUCUGAAAGGCUUCAAAGUUUCUACAGUUCUCUGAAGCCCAUCACAAACCGCUAUGUGGAAAGUCAGCCUAGACCUUCAUCCAGCCUUUAUGCUUCUACACAUGACAAUCCCUUUAAACCAUACAGUGAUCUCCAAAAGAAUGCUGAGAUUGAUUCAAGUCCACAUCACCGCCUGUUCGCUUAUGGCAGUUCAUCCUUUAAUUCUCCCAUUUUGGAAGUUGUUCCUUCAAAAAGGCCACAAACAUGGCAGAAACCAAUUUCUUCCCUUUAUCUUCACGAGUCCAACAGUGGAAAAGAACCUUCUUAUGAUACUUUUGAAGAUGUAGAUGCUCUGCACAGUCUGCCAAGUGGAUAUAAAGUUCAAAAGAAACUUCCUGAGCAAGAUGACCGUGGACAUAUUAAAGAGGGAAAAGAUUACUAUGUGAAACCCUUUGACACUAAUGAAGGAGGUUCUGUCUCUUGGCAGAUGUACCAGACUGGAAACACUGCGAGAACAUCCUUUAAUGUACAACCCCCAUGUGGAUCUUCAUUCUCUAGGCUUGGCCAAUAUGGGUCUUUUUCAGACCUUCGCUACCCUUACCUAAAUGCAGAAUCUCAGCCUUGCAGUCAAGUACCUUGCAUCAACGGUGUAGGUAAAUGUGUUAAUGAACCUAAUAAACAGAACACAAAUUUUCCACAAAGGGUUAGUUACUUGCCAAAGGCAGAGGCAAUUUCUGUUUCUAUUCCUUUCAGUACUUUUCAAAGCAUUUUUACUCAAUCAAGCUACCAGCCUGCUCAAAAUGGCUUUAAGCUCCAGCAAUACCCUGUUGGACAAGGACAGCCUUGAAGGUUCAUGUGAGUUAUGACAAUAUACUGCCAUUGGUGCCGUCAGGUCAUGAACAUGUUGAACUUUGGCUUAAAUUGUGCAGUCUGCUCAUUCCUUUUCCUUCUGCUCAUUUAAAUAAUUAAUAAAAUGUCUGCUUCAAAAUGUGAA